AUGGCGCAGUUCACAUACAGCAAACUGUCUCAUUUACUGAGAAUAUCUAGUAAUAAGGGCUCUAUUUUACGAACAGGAACAGAGAUGAAACACGGACAUGCGUGCUGUCUGCAGUUCAUACGCUGCCAGGUAUGUUUUCUGUAUUUGUUAGUUCACAGACCUUCAGUUUAGCUCACGAGCAGCUUUACGAUAACGUCAAGUUUAACAACAUGCGAAAAGUAAACCGGAAAUGUGUUAUGAUCAGGUAGAUUGCUUGAAUAAUUAGUGAAACAUGCCCAACGAAUUUAUUUGAAUACAAUGGAUAAAAAUAAUUAUGUCUUUUCCUUCUUGUAACUGUUACGUUUUAACUCGUGUCAUUCGCUCUUAUUAAGAAGUAGUUUAAAGGUGACAGCUUUAUUUUGAAAAGUCAACCGGAAGUGUAUGCUGUAAUCUCUUAUACCCAACUGCUUAUUGACUGCUAACUCAUUCACAAACUGUCAAAUAAAUGGACUAUCUGUGACUGUUCGUUUCUAUUUUUCCAUUAUGUAUAUUUCAAAACUUUGUGGGUAAUUCUGGAUAUUGUGAAAUUUUCCAAAAGUGGGCCGGAAAUUGAUAUUAAUUGCUGCAUUUACACUGUUUGUAAAGCGUUUAUUAACCGCAUUUCCUGUCAAAUUAAGUCUUUUGUGGUAUAUUUUCAAAUUAUUUGACAGAUUCUUUAAAGUACAGCGAGUAGUUUCAGUGUUACUAUAGCAAAACCCUGUCUUUCUAAAACCUACAAUAAGUUACUUUCACAUAUUAGAUAAAGAAACAGCAUUAAUUUAGAUAGAUAGAUAGAUAGAUAGAUAGAUAGAUAGAUAGAUAGAUAGAUAGACUGUAUUGAUCCCAAACUGGGAAAUUCUCAUGUUACAACAGCAAUAAAAACACAACAUAAAAUUCAAGUUACUUAAAUUAAAUAUACGAAGUAUGUACAAUGCAGACUAAAUAUAUACGAUAAAUACAGACUAAAUAUACUAAACAUUCAAGAGAAAAAAGUGACAUAUAGGUCAUUUAGGUUUACCUACUAGAUCCUAGCAAAGUCAGGUGAUAUUUUUUUAAUUUAGGGGUUUAAUCUGUUUUAUUCUUGUCCACAGCGGUCUGUGGACAGUAAGGCAUUACAGGAGAGGCAGCAGCAGCACAUGGCAAGAGGACUCCCUAAACAGAAGCCAAUCACAGGGGUCAAACAGGUCAUUGUUGUGGCUUCAGGGAAAGGCGGUGUAGGAAAGUCCACCACUGCAGGUACAGCCACAUGUUCCUGGUGAGAAUUAAAGACUGUUUGAUUUUCUUAUCUUCCCACAGCUUCAACGGUCCUUAAGAAUCUUUAAGCUGAGAUGAGCAAAGUAUAAAGUGUGGUAACAUCGUUCAGUUUCACAUAAAUGAUAUGUAGAAAAACAGAAUGAGGUUUAAAAAAACCUACCAAAUGUAUUGGUGUACCAAAGUAUUUCUUUAUUGUUAAUAACUUUUAGGUGUUUACUGUCUGUUUUGGUCUCUCUGCAGUUAAUUUGGCUCUUGGAUUAAUGGCCAACAACCCAGUAAGGACUUGCAUUUGCUUUUAGUUAUUUAUUUGCAUUGUUUGUCUUUUUCUUUUCUCCUUUCUAUGUUCUUAAAAAAGGCACUUAUACCAUUUCAGAACUUCAAAAAGCACAGAACUUUUUUUCUCACAUCAGACUGUUAAGUAAUUACUGUGAAAUAGCUGAAGUUCAUUUUUAUCUAUGUAGAACUAUGUUCUCUGGAGGAUUGACAUUCAGCUGGUGUCUUGCUGAUGACUCAGAUCAUUUCAAACCGUUAUGGACAGAUAGAGAACCUCAUUUUCACUGGCUAUGAAGAAACAGUGUGGUAAAGAUUACUGAGUCUGUGUCUCUUCUCUUUCCCUCAGUCUAAGUCAGUCGGCCUGUUGGACGCCGACGUCUAUGGUCCAUCCAUUCCCAAAUUGAUGAACCUUAAGGGAAAUCCAGAUCUAAGUGACAGUAUGACACAUUUUUACCUUCCCCUCUGGUUUUCCCCUGACCAUCAUCUUGGGUUGUUUUGUAUUUAUUGACUGAAGUGUUUUUCUCCUCCUCGCAGACAAUCUGAUGAUCCCACUUACCAACUAUGGGAUUCCUUGGUGAGUCCUUCCAGUUAGAACAUUGUUUUCACUCUCAAACUCUUCAUGUUGGGGAAAAUUGAAAUAAUAGCCUGUUGUGCUGUCUGUUCUGACCCUCUCCCAUUGUCUCUCAGCAUGUCGAUGGGUUUCCUUGUGGAGGACAUGGCUCCCAUUGUGUGGAGGGGGCUGAUGGUGAUGUCGGCUAUAGAGAAACUGCUCAGACAGGUGAGAUGAGUUUAGAAAGUGAUAGUCACAGUGUGAAAAUGCACUGCUGAGGUAGGGCAACAAGUCUGAUUUGAUAUAGGUGCAUGAAGGUUGUGUUUGAUUGUAGGUGGACUGGGGGUCGUUGGACUAUCUAGUAGUUGACAUGCCUCCGGGUACAGGAGAUGUCCAACUGUCGAUCUCACAGAACAUCCCAGUUGCAGGUUAGUCCCACAAACACACACACACACACACACACACACACACACACACACACACACACACACACACACUGAGCUAUUUUUAACAAGAGUGUUUUUGAUUCUUAUCAUUUUAUAUGAACUGCAUCCAGUGCAGUCCACUAACUAGAUACAAUAAACUUGUGCUAUUUUGUUUUGUUAGGUGCGGUCAUUGUGUCGACACCACAGGACAUCGCCCUGCUAGAUGCUCACAGAGGAGCUGAGAUGUUCAAGAAAGUUAAUGUGCCGGUAAUUUCUCUGUGCAUGGCAUUGAAAAUCCAAAAAAGACAUGAGACAUCAUCUGUAACACCUGCUGUUAUAUGUUAAAUGGGUUUACAGACCCAAACUAUUUUUUCUUAUCUGUGUGGGGUCCCAGGCACACAAAUUAUUUUUGCCUUUUCUUCUUGUUUCUUAUGGAGUUUUACAGAAAAUCGGUCUUUAUAGAUGCAAAUAGCACUCUGUUAGACGUUUAAAAUAGCUACUUUGUUCAAGACAGUUCAUGUACCUGAAUCUCUGUGCAUAUUUGUCAGUAAAUAAAAUUCCCACCAUGAUUUAAAGACCUGUUGGAGCCAAAACUAAAUAGAUCACGAAGUACUGUACUGUUUUUUUUUUGUGGGUCACAAACAAAUAUAGGUUGUUUUUUUCUACCUUCAAAGGGAUGUUAGCCCACACACUUAUAUAAGCUGGUUUUUCUCGUCCUUGGAGGUCACAUACAGACGUAGGUUUUUUUGAUUCUAUGAGGACACACACUUGUAUUAUAUCUUUGGGCUUACUUAUGUUUAAUGUGACUAUAACUGUAUGCAUCUAUAGAUUUAAAGAUUAGAGUAACAAGAGGUUAAAAACAUCCUGGUUGGUGUUCCUGCAGGUUCUUGGUCUAGUUCAGAACAUGAGCGUCUUCCAGUGUCCUAACUGCAGUCACCAGACUCACAUCUUCGGCUCUGAUGGGGCUCGGCAGCUCGCGGACACUCUGGGGGUCAAAUUCUUAGGUAAGUACCUUCAGCCACAGUCUGUGUAAAUUCUAGUCUUAUUUAGUUUAAACAUACUGGAAUAACUUUUCAUCUUUAUUCACAUUUAACAAUCAUUUUGACUAAUUUUCUCAUUCAUGUGAUUUAUCCCUUCUGUGUCUAUCCAGGUGACAUUCCUCUUUACCUAAACAUCAGAGAGAUGUCAGACAGAGGGACUCCAGUGGUUGUCUCGUCCCCAGAUAGCCCAGAGGUCUCUAGCAUGUCCACUUCUAUACGUUAUCAUUCUACAACACUUGUAUUUUUGUUUUUUCUGUUGUAUUAUAUUUUGUAUUUUAAGUGCUAUGUGUGUGUUUGCAUUCACUCUCUAGGCCGAGGCAUACAAGAAGGUUGCAUCUGUUGUCGUCCAGAGACUCGAGGAAGUCAACGCCUAA